GUUGCCAGGAUUGCCGUGGGCACUAUAUUUUUAAAAAGUUGUUACUUCCAUUUGCAUUGCGAAAUCCUUUCUUUUUUCGCCCAGUGUUCGUUCUGGGUAAAUGACAAGUGCGGGAUUUCUGCGGUCUGCGUUUCUUUUUUCCCAACUUUGUAAGACAAGGGGCAUACUUGGCAGCCUAGUUUUUGCAGAACUGUAAGCUCGGUCGCAAGAAAUUGCACCAAAUAUAUAUUUUACUCUCGGUCCGCUUUUUGUGUGCCUGCAGUUCUUUUUUACGUAUUGAAGUUCGUGAUUGACUGGAAGGGAUGCUUUGAGGAAAGCUAAGGUACAGGCAACAGAUAUAUAGGAAAAACUAAAACAACGCAGAAAGUUGCCAAAAGUUUGGGUUUCUGGGGACGAAGUCUGAAGUCUCAGCCGGUCCACACUGGCACACGGGGUGGAGGCGAGAGCGAACAUGGGGAACGGAGUGUGUUCGCGGAGGCAGAAGCGGAUCUUCCAGUCCCUGAUACUGGUCACCGCGGUUUGCGGCACCAUCUACGCGGGCAUGAUUUCGUACGAAAUGCACAAGCAGCUGAGGAGAACAGAAGCGAUGGCGAUAAAAUACCAGCAGCAUCAGGAAUCCCUCUCGGCGCAGCUCCAAGUGGUUUAUGAACAUCGAUCUAGACUGGAAAAGUCACUACAGAAGGAGAGAUUGGAACACAAGAAGGCCAAAGAAGAUUACCAGGUGUACAAACUUGAAUCACAGCAGAUACUAACCAAGGAAAAGCAAGAAUCCAGCAACCGGUUUAACUCUUUGCAUGUGCAACACCAGAUGUUAAAGAAUCAGCACGAGGACCUGAAGAAGCAGUUCUAUGAUCUCCAGGAGCAGCACCAGAACCAGGGGGAGGAGCACAGCAGGGCCCUGGAGGAGCACCAGGAGAAGAUUGACAAGCUGCAGCAGACCAAGGAAGUGGAGGUCUCCAAACUCAAAGAGAAUGUGUAUAACCUCCGUGAGGAGAACAGACAGCUGAGGAAAGCCCAUCAGGACGUCCACACACAGCUGCUAGAUGUGCGGCAACAGCACAAAGACCUAAAGAGUGCGCACGACCAGCUUGCACUGACCCUGGAGGACCACAAGAGUGCGCUGGCUGUUGCACAGGUCCAAGUGGAGGAGCUGAAGCAGCUGAAGGAGACCCUGAACAGGAUGCCCAGUUUCCGCCAGACGCCUCACAAACCCACCCCAGCCCCGCCCCAAGCCGCUGCCCAUGAGGAGGAGCCCCGGCACGUAGAGGAGGACACACAGUCACGGCUGGAUCACCAGGAAGAGGAGGAGAAUCGCAAUCCUCAGCCAGAAAUAUCCCAGCAUGCAACACAGACGGAGGCGGAAGAGGACAAUGAGGUGGAGAGGGCAGCCGAGGAGGAUCAUCGUAAUGAACGGGAAAGGGCGGAAGAGGAGGCGGAGCGGGCGGGACACGCCCAGCACCAGCCAGCGCCGCAGGAGAAGAGGGAGGAGAGAGAGGACCGUGACCGCGACCAGGACGGCGACGCCCAUGCCCAGGCACAGGUGGAGCGGGUGAAGUCGGCGUACGAGCAGCAGCAGGAACAGCAGCGCCUGGCCGCGCAGCUGGCCGAGGAGCGCAAGCAGCUGCGUCUGCGGCAGGAGGCCCUGCAGCAGAGGCUGCUCCGGGAGCAGCACGACAGGGAGCAGCGGCUGCUGAGGGAGCAGCAGGAGAGGGACCAGCGCCUGCAGGAGCAGCGGGAGAGGGAGCAGCGGGAGAGGGAGGCGCAGCAGCAGAGGGAGGCCAGCCGCAAGGAGCAACAGCAGGAGCAGCACCUCAGGCAAAAGAGUCAGUAUGAGAACAUGGACACAGACAUUGUUGAGGGAGAGGAAAUUCCUCAGAAUGAGGAAGAGGAAGAGAGGAACACACAAACUCAGCAUGUGGAAGAGGAGGAGGAGGAGGAGGAGAAGCAGGAUGAAGAGGCUGUCAGGCCCCAUGAGGGGGAGAGGCCAGCAGAGGAGGAGAUGAACCCUGAGGACGACCCCAACAACCAGGGGGAGGAUGAGUUUGAGGAAGCUGAGGAGCAGCAUGCGGAGGUGGCGCCCAACCGGCCCGCCACAGACGAGCAACUAGUGAUGGCUGGAAAUCCAGACCAACAGGAGGAUGAACAGUAUGAAGAGGAGGAAGAGGAGGAGGUCCAGGAUGACUUGCCAGAGGGUCAGAACAGGGAGGAGGAAGAGGAGAUGAACGAAGAGGACCCCUACAACGAGGAGAAUGGAGAACCAGUGGAUAUGAAAGAGCAGAAAGGCCCAGAAAAGGAGAACAAACAGACCAGAAAAGAGGUGGCGGUUAACGAGGAGGAAAAUUACGAGGAGGAUGAAGAGGAUGAAGUAGAAGAGGGUGGUGCGAAGGACACGCGGACCAAUCGCAGAGCAGAAAUGUGAGAGAUUGACAGGAACAGACGACUAAGGUGCCUUCAUUGGAAUCCACGCCCCCGCCCCCUCUCACCCCCCACGGAGCUUGUUUUAUUCUGUUUUUAGAUAAAAG